UCCGCCGAGCCCGCAGCCGCUCCCAGCUCCGCCGCAGCCUCCUCCGGCCGCCCGGCCCCCCGCACCACCCCCCGGCCUUUUAAAAGGACCUCCCGCCGCUCGCGCGCUCUGCCCCGGGGUUUCCCCGGGCCCCGCGCUUCGCCCUGCUCUACUUCUCAGCAACUUCGGCGGCCGCACGCCGCCGGUUGUCGCCCGCCUUUGAAGUUUGCAGCGCCGACCGCAAAGUUAGGACACUUCGGGCGAUUUCAUUUUUUCCCCCUCUCUUAUCUGCCUCCCCCUCCAAGUGCUUGUGGUUCCUGAGUACCAGUGUUCAGCAUCUUGGCCGGAGCAGCCGGGGACGUGGACUUGUUCGCACACCACACCUCGGGGAGGGAUCUUUCCUCUUCCCUUCAGAAAAACAUGCAUUUUGUAAGGAUGGUGCCUCUCCACUGGUGUAUGCUGUGGCUGCUGUUACCACUCAGCUCAAGGACCCAGAAGUUGCCUACUCGAGAUGAGGAACUCUUUCAGAUGCAAAUUCGAGACAAGGCAUUUUUUCAUGAUUCGUCAGUAAUUCCAGAUGGAGCUGAAAUUAGCAGUUAUCUCUUUAGAGACACACCUAAAAGGUAUUUCUUUGUGGUUGAAGAGGACAACACUCCACUGUCCGUCACAGUGACGCCCUGUGAUGCGCCCUUAGAGUGGAAGCUGAGCCUCCAGGAACUGCCGGAGGAGGCAAGCGGGGAAGGCUCUGGUGAUCCAGAGCCUCUCGAUCAGCAGAAGCAGCAGAUCAUUAAUGAGGGAGGCACGGAGCUAUUCUCCUACAAAGGCAACGACGUGGAGUGCUUCAUAGCUUCUAGUUCUCCAUCUGGUUUGUAUCAGUUGGAGCUUCUUUCAACAGAGAAAGACACGCAUUUCAAAGUCUAUGCCACCACAACUCCGGAGUCUGACCAGCCCUACCCUGAGCUGCCUUACGACCCGCGAGUUGAUGUCACGUCCCUGGGACGCACCACUGUCACCCUGGCCUGGAAGCCGAGCCCCACCGCCUCGGUGCUGAAGCAGCCCAUUCAGUACUGCGUGGUCGUCAGCAGGGAGCACAACUUUAAAAGCCUCUGCGCGGUGGAGGCCAAGCUGAGUGCGGACGACGCUUUCAUGAUGGCCCCCAAACCCGGCCUGGACUUCAGCCCUUUCGACUUCGCCCACUUCGGGUUUGCGUCGGAGAACUCCGCUAAGGAGCGCAGCUUCCUGACGAAGCCUUCCCCCAAAUUAGGGCGGCAUGCUCACGCGAGGCCCAAGGCGGACAUUCAGAAGGUCUGCAUAGGGAACAAGAACAUCUUCACGGUCUCGGAUCUGAAACCCGACACGCAGUACUACUUCGACGUCUUCGUGGCCAACAGCGACAGCAACAUGAGCACAGCUUACCUGGGCACCUUCGCCAGGACCAAGGAGGAGGCCAGACAGAAGACGGUGGAGCUGAAGGACGGGAAGGUCACCGAUGUGUUCGUUAAAAGGAAGGGGGCCAAGUUUCUCCGGUUUGCCCCAGUCCCGGCUCACCAGAAGGUCACCUUCUUCGUUCACUCUUGUCUGGACGCUGUCCAAAUCCAAGUGAGAAGAGAUGGGAAGCUCCUCUUGUCUCAGAAUGUGGAAGGCAUUCGGCAGUUUCAGCUGAGAGGAAAACCAAAAGCCAAAUAUCUCAUCCGCCUGAAGGGAAACAAGAAGGGGGCGUCCAUGCUGAAAAUACUGGCUACCACCCGGCCCAGUAAGCAGUCACUCCCCUCUCUUCCCGAAGACAGGCGCAUCAAAGCUUUCGACAAGCUCCGCACCUGUUCUUCAGUCACGGUGGCUUGGCUGGGCACCCAGGAAAGGAACAAGUUUUGCAUCUACAAAAAGGAAGUGGAUGAUAAUUACAAUGAAGACCAGAAGAAACGAGAGCAAAACCAAUGCCUGGGCCCAGAUACGAGGAAGAAAUCAGAGAAGGUCCUCUGUAAAUAUUUCCACAGUCAGAACCUGCAAAAAGCAGUAACCACAGAAACAAUUAAAGGCCUUCAGCCUGGAAAAUCUUACCUGCUGGAUGUUUAUGUCACAGCCCAUGGAGGGCACUCGGUGAAGUAUCAGAGUAAAGUGGUGAAAACCAGAAAGUUCUGUUAGUCACCUCGUAUGGAGAUGUAUCACGUAGAACUUCAGGAGAGACAGUCACGUUAAGCAGGAGCUGACUACUGCUCCCCCAGCUAAGACAAGUUGUGACCUAUGCUUGUACCACGGAAGGAAGGGUAUCAACGGGUGUAUAUCGGACUUUAUGUAACUAAUUGCUGGAGGAGACUUGUUCGAGUGUGCCCCAGUGGUACCACGUGUGUGGCUGAUGUCCGCUGAUGUCAGAGAGGACGUCUUUAAGAAACUGCCAUCCCUUGCUUUGCCACUGCAUGGACUGCUUCUAAAUUAUUUUAUUAUCUAAAAAUUUAAAAUAUGCCAUUCAUUGCACACAGCCACAAAUGAAAAUCAUUCCUCUCAAUAGAUGCUAGGAUAUAUAUAUAUAUAUAAAUAUAUAUAUAUAAAUUAUUUUAUAAAGUCUUGUUUCAAAUGUCAGUGUUUCUAUGAUUGUAAACUAUUCAAUUCUUUUCCUGUUAAAGUACAGAUCUAAGUAUAUUGAGUGGACAGCUCUUUAGUCAGUUAUAUUGUCAUUGUAAAUUCUUAUCUGUUGAGUAAAAUGUUUAAAUACUAUAUGUAUCUCAUGUACAAAGUUGGCAUACAUUAUAUUCAUGUAUAUAAAAUUAAAGAUAUUAGAUUAUAUACUGAUCAUUUUCCCAAGUAGCAAUCUUGGUGUAUUCAAUUUCCAUUCUGUCCCCAAAACUGCGCCUUUAUGUGAUUUGGCACCGGAUUUGACCUUUUUCUAACAGAAGGCAUGCUGUGUCUCUCUAAACUUACUGUGGCAUUAGAGAGUUACUGCAGCUUGUAUUUUGAUUUUGAAUAGGAGCUAGCUGUUGAGACUUGAAAGCACGCCAAUGGACUUAAAAGGACAAGCCCCUGAUGCUGUAGCUCGGGACGUAUUCCUUAAUCACCUGAAAUACAUUACCUCUAUUUAAAAAAUAAGCAUCUCUUUUAAGUACAAACAUUAGGAUACGACAAAAUUUUCCAACUGCUUGAAUGUUAGCAAAAUAACUGUUUUGAUUUCUAGUGGAAGCGGCAGAGCAACCAUCAAUUAGGACUGUAAUGAGAAAACUAGAAGCUACUGUUUUGUAACAUCAGUGGUCUCAUACUUUUAGCUUCGAUUGUUCACGAAUCUUUAAGAAGUAAUUUAGAUUAGAUAUAAGGUAAAAUGUGGGCAAAUCAUAAUAGAAACAUUUAUCAAAAAUUCUGUGCAAGGAGCAGUUUUAGAUAGUUUCACUCUCCACAGGUUCUACACGUGAGGUGUCAUGAGAACUUUGAAGGAGUCACAGGAGUCUGGGAUUUAAGUCACCCAGGCUGUGUGGCUUCAAGUACACCUGUUACCUCCCAUUGUCCCUCUUUCCUAUUUAUCAAAUUAGGUGUGGUAGCUUUGGAUAAGAUGAUGUUCUAGGAUACCUUCUAUAAUAUGACGUUGUCUUUUGUAGAAUUCUGUGAUUCUAAAUUACAAAAUGUUUCUGUAACUACAAGUGGGGCGGGUGUAAUCCUUAGCCACACCUCUCACCUCCAUGCUGGACUGCCUUUCCCAUGGUGGGCAUGCAUGAGCAGCAUUCCUGGGGAGUACAGACUCACGGUGGCUUGGGGAGCAGAAGUGGUGGUCUUUAGGGAAAGACCUCCUUAGCAGAGAAUAGCCCCCCUAAAAAUGUGUCCUCUAAUUCGUGAGUGUUAAGGUAUCCAAACAAAAUGUACCAUAUUUGUGUGAAGCAGUUUGACACCUGAAAUAACUUUUGAAAAGGAAGAAAGAACACAUCCCCAAUGGCUACAUAAUUAACCACCUUGAAAUAACUUUAAAACUGACACUGUCUCAGAGAUGGUCUAUCCUAGGUUAUAAAUUCAGUGCAUUUGGAAGGAGAAUCAGCUUUCUCAUAUUAUUCACAAACAUGUUAUUAUAAAGCAGUGUGCUAAAUGGGACUACAGUGAAUCAAAGAGUUAUUGUAGCUUCUGAAGGUGAUGGGCUUAACUCUCAGAUAUUGCUAAAGGCCUGGGAACCAGGCCAAGUCAAUUUAACCAAGCCUUUACUUUUCAGCCAACUGGAAUGGUGGUUUCUAUAUAGUCUGGAUAUAUCAGAAAAUUCUUUCAUGGUCCCAGUGAAAUUUGGCCUUUUAAAAAUUAUUGGAAAAUUAAAUACACAUUGUGAAACUUUUUUCACUCAUAAAGGAAGAGAGAAACCUAUUAAAAAUAAAGCUCUCUUAUUUCCUGAUAUGUUUAGAUUUUAGGAGCAUUCAGGUGAACUGAGGACAAGAAAGAAAAAUUUGUUCUUAAUUAAUAAAAGAACUAGAACAUAGCUAAUAUGAAAGCACCAUCUUUUUUCCAUUAAGUUCCAGAAUAGCUAUAUUGAGAACAGGGCAUUUAGAAUCUGAAGGACAGCCAUAGUGUCAUGGAGAAGGGAUCUUUGAGGAUAUUUCAUUCAAGUUCAGUAUCUUUAUUUUUUAGGCUCAAAAAUAAAUUGAAGACCAGAGAAAUGAAAAGAAAUUUCUCAUAGUCAGAACAAGUAAGUGGUAGAAUUGCUUCGACUCCAAAAUGCUUACUAGAAUAUAAAUCACCAAUUCUUGGGGUGGGGGGGAAGUCAUUUAAGAAUAGUUUUCCAAAAGGAAAUAAAAAUUUUUUCGCAUUUAUGAUUUCAAAGCAAUUCGUUUUUACAGACCAUUUCAAAUUUCCUAAAGAAUGUGUGUGUAACCUUAACUGACUACUUCAAACUUGUAAGAAAAAAAAAUACUGGUAUUUUUAGAGACAGAAAGUAUUCUAACCUAGGUUUACAUGUGCACACAAACAGAGGCUGGAACAUCAUUAGUCAAUUGUUUAAACCUAAAACUAUUUAGAAUCUAUUUUUUAAAAGUAUAUAGCCGGUGAUUUUCCUAGUUAAAAUACUUUAUAAUCGAUGUUUAGAUUAAUUUUUAAAACAUUUAUCAAAGGAUUACUGCUGGAAAGGACAUAUACAUUGCUCAUUUUAGUUACUAAGAACAAACUUGAAAAAGUUAUGAUUUUUAUAUCCUGAAAAGCCAAAUGAAGAGUGACUUCAAAUAAAAAGUUACCUAGAGGAACUUUAGAGUUUGAAACAGGUUUUAAUGGUUCUGAAUAGUUCAUCUUCAAUGAAAACACAUACACGCAAGUUUUGACUACAAUUCAAGGAAUCUGUUUGACUUGAAACAACUCUCAGAGAUCAUCUGGUUCAGCUCUCAUUUUGCAGAUGAGGGUGUUGAGGUCCAACCGAGACCAGACCCCAGAUCCCUGCACUCUCUGUUUAAUGAUCACGCAGUGCACUGUAAGCACGUCUUCACAAGGCGUGCAACAGCUUACCCAGACUACUCGCCUUUGCCUCUCUUCACUGACUGGCUUCAGAAUAAAACUAGCGUCUAACUUGAGGAGCAAGGCCAUUUGGAGCAUCUCCAUAUACGUCCUCCCCCACUUAGAGUGCAAUCAAGGCAAAGUCAGCUGGGAAGUUGCUUUGGGUCCUCCCCCCAGGACCAAGCAAAGUGACAGUGGCCAGAUUUCAGCUGUCCUUUGAAGCUGUCUGCGGGACCUGGGAGACAUCAGGGCACGCUCAUCAUUGUAUUUCUCCCAGAGAGUUUUGGCCAGAAAAAUAUGCAGUGGCUUGGGAUUUGGGUUUCUGUUAUUGUUUUGAAGGUGGGAAAUGGCAGAGAUGAGAGCAGAGAGGAAAUGGAGUGUGAAGGGGAGUAUGUUGUUGUUUAGUUGCUAAGUCAUGUUUGACUUUUUUGUGACUCAUGGACUGUGGCCUGCCAGGCUCCUCUGUCCAUGGAAUUUUCUAGGCAACAAUACUGGAGUGGGUUGCCAUGCCCUCCUCCAAGGGAUCUUCCCAACCCAGGGAUCAACCCACAUCUCCUGCAUUAGCUGGUGGAUUCUUUACCAGUGAGCCGCCAGUUAAGCCUUCCAGAAGAGAGUAUAGUUUUUCUGUAUUUUUCUUUCUCUAACUGGCCUGAGAUAUCAAGGAAAGUGAGAGAGCUAACAUAGCUUAAUUUUAUUAAGAAUUUGGAUUCUGUCCAACACAGAACCAGGCAUUAGAAAAUUUGACUUAGAUCACCGUCCACUCUAUUAAAAUCACAUGGCACUGUUUGCUAGGAAUGAUUGACCGUAUAUCUGGGGAAGAUGUCCUUCGUUUCUGUCUAUCUGCAUUCCUCUUCCUCUAUCUUUGAGAACUAAGUUUAGUGAUCAAAGUUUAGAGGUGAAGUUACUUAGAAUGACUGUGCAUAUCCACCCUGAUACCUCUUUCAGAUAUUUUCUAAUAUUCUUUUAAAGUGUAAAAGACAUUGAAGGCUAUCAAUCACCAUCAUGGGGAAAAUAGUGGGUUCCAAGACUGAACAGUGCAAGGCCUUAGUUACGUUUCUAUAUUGUCUAAUGAUGGUGUGGCAUCAAGUGUUAGAGGGGAGGAGAGUCGUACAAGGUGAGACACUUGAGUCCUUGGAAAGAAUUCCUUCGAAAGCGGAAACAAGAAUGAGUGUAACGCCUCAUUCCAUUGCCCUACAGGGGAGAAUUUUGAGAAAAGUGUAAGGUUUUCUGGAAACUUUUAGAAACUUACAGACUAGAAAUUUUGAAGGAGAAACACAUCAAGCAGCCUCCCAGGAUGUGGACAUGACCCAAGACUUCAGAAUUUGAAAUAAUUUUAUAAAUUGAGACUGAGGUGUAAAACAGAGAAGUCACAGCAUAUGGGUUCUUGUUAUGCGUGAUGAGAUCCAGAUAGAACAGUUUAAAAAAAAAAAAAAGCCAUCUUACAACUAUUAAUAAGAGAAGAGAUGAAUGUAUUGUUUUGUUUUUGAGUCCAGUAUUAUUGUCAGAAACUGGUGAGCUUUAGGAAGCAAAAUGUUUCCAGUCUCUCUAUGUGUAAAUACUGCCAAGAUUAAUAGCCAAUCAAAUGACCAUAAUUUGGAAAGGAACAAAUGUUCAUAUCCUGUUGAUAGUUAGCCCUUGGUGUAAUCUUCCUACAUUGCUUAAAUAUGGCAGCACAGAAUAACAAAAACAAUUAUUUUAAGAUAUACUUGACAAGACCCUUAAAUGUGCAUAUUUAGGUAUAACUCGGACAGGAUUUUGCUUCUGAGAAAAAUUAUUUGUGAUAAACAGAACCAAGUAAAUUAAUACAUAGCAGGGUUAGAGGUUUGACUGUUCAGUCUUGUCUCUUCCUAUAAAAUGAACUUAGACCUAUUAAAGAAAGUUAACAUAUAGCUGCUUUUACCAUGCAGGCUGGAAAAGUUCCCCAAUGCCAAAGCAACAAGCAGUUUUGGGAACCCGUUUGUUACCCUCAAAAGCCACAGCGAUGUCUCAUAGGCCUCUGCCUUUAUUUGACCAAUUUUGUGCCCUUCUCUAGAUCCCUAUGACUAAAAUAAGUGGAUAGUGGCUGGACCAUUAAGAGUUAUAAGAACCGAUAUAGCUUUCUGUGUUAGCAAUUUGCUAAGAGCAACUGGUGUAGUCAAAAAUACAGCCUAUUUCCAGUGGCUGUGUUUCCAUGUAUCAGCAGCCACACGUGGCCUUAGUGACAGUUAGGGUUUCCUGGUGCUUCUGAACAGAAUAAGAAUUUGACUUGAGACUGGUAAAGAGGCGACUGAGACACCUGAAAGAGACAAAUUAACACACAUAUUUUUCAAAAAACAAAAUUCAACCGAUUUUACUAUGGUAAUAUGUUAUUUUAAAAACAUGUUUUUAAAGAAAUAACAGGCUCUUUUAGCUAUUUUUAAUGGUAGUAUUGAAUAUCUCCUUCCUGCUGAGUAAAGCUUGCCAUUCUUCCUUAAAUGAAGAGGCCAAGAGCUAAAUUACAGGUUGCCCAGUUUUGCCUUUUUUCCGUCAUGCACAUGAUCAUGGGUUCUCUUGGCUUAUCCAUGGGUGAUCUUCAGGUUUGGAAAAAGAUGACAAAGAUAUGAAAGCAGAGUACGAUCCCGACACUUACAUUUAAAUUACUUGCAUUUUGUGCAAGUUCUGUUGACUAAUGGAAGAGAGCUGGACUUCAAAUACAGCUGUGUCUGCACAAACUUGACCGCUGUGAAAAAGGAACUCUGGUUCCUCUGCCAAUUCCAUGGGCAAGAAAUUCCGGAGGCCUGAGCUGAAAUGUGCAGAUAAAUACUCAGUGCUGGGGUUCUUGGUGCCAAAGCACACAGAAUACUUACGUCUGCUAUGGAAAUCUUGGAAGAACAGAACUUCUGUUUUUAAUAACUCUGAGGAUUUAGAACAGUUCUUAGACGACUUAUUACCUUUCAUAAAACUGACUCCUACUUUAAAAGUCUCUUGGUGGCUUACCUAUAUUAAAAAGAGGAAAAGAAUACUUUUUGAUUGCACUGAGUUUUCUCUUCUCUAUUGAAUUUAAACAAGCUAAUAAGAGAAAGGACAGCACUGGAAAGAGUGUAGAAAUGGGACUUCAGAUGUGUGGGGUUUUUUAACUUCUAUGGUCUUAAGCUUUCUCAUUUGUCAAACGAGAAAGGUGAUGAUCUCUAAGAGUCCUUUUGAAAAGGCAGGGAAACUAACAACCUUUAAGCUCAUACUGAGUGCCAGGCAUGUGAAAUAAAAUUACUUAAUCCCCAUAACAACCCUGAGAUGAAGAGAUCAUUGUAUUCUCCUUGAACAGACAAAGAACAAAGAAAUUACAUAGUGUGCUCAAGGUAGUGAAGUGAAUAAAAACUGGUUACACCUCUGGCUCCAAAUGUAUGCAUCUUUCUAUUUCCAUCUGUGUGGUGUGAGCUCUCGCACUUAUUAGUGAACUUCUAGAGUAGAAUACAAGGAGGGGAAAAUUCAUAAACAUGGGGAAAGCUAAAACGUAUUCAAAGGCUAGCCUGGACAUUUAUCAACAAAUUAUCUUUGACGUGGAUAAAUAUGAAGAGCUAGAGACGGAAGAGAAAUGACACACAAGGACCACUAGGUUCCUCUUCCUGUGUAGAAUUUCUCCAUUUAAUGAUGUCUUAUGCUGUAUCACAACUUCUCUUGGUGUCUGUUUCUGUAUCUCAUUAUGCAGAACUUGCUGUAAUGCUUACAUAUGAUAAAAUGUGUCUGUAACGUGAGGCCAAUAAACCCUUAUUUUGUGUUUUA